CUAAGCUCACCUGGCCCCAGGUGAGAUUGUCUUUGUAUGAAGGAUAGUUGCUGCUGCUUUCUAUGUGUGUCUGAGACUGUGUCUGCCUGUCCUGGGGAUGUCAGAGACCCCCAGAAUCCAGCUAAAAAAUGAAGCUGCCCCCUGAAAAAUGGAGUGAGGGGGUGCAUAUGGGAGAGUCCUCUGGGGGAGACAUGCAGCUGGGGGAGACAGUCGGGGGAGGAGAGGUGUCUGCGAGCCCAGAAACUGCACAGGUGAGUGGAUAUCCUAAAUAUAGACAGACUGACAGGGAUCAGUAAAAACCAAACCUUUAUUCUGAUUGUUUAGAAAACUUUGCACACUGAAAAGGAAAGCUUUCAAAUAUUUCUAAAUAGAGAAAUAUUAAAGCAUGGAUACAUAUCACAUUUAUAGCAAUAUCUCUUCAAUUCAUACAUCCUGCCUGGACCACUGCACCGGUGUUCUCCUGGCACAUUGGGGGGUGCCGUGUUUUCCUGGCACAUUGAGGGGCGCCGUGUUCUCCUGGCACAUUGAGGGGCGCCGUGUUCUCCUGGCACAUUGAGGGGCGCCGGGUUCUCCUGGCACAUUGAGGGGCGCCGUGUUUUCCUGGCACAUUGAGGGGCGCCGUGUUAUCCUGCCACAUUGAGGGGCGCCGUGUUCUCCUGACACAUUGAGGGGCGCCGUGUUUUCCUGGCACAUUGAGGGGCGCCGUGUUUCCUGGCACAUUGAGGGGCGCCGUGUUAUCCUGGCACAUUGAGGGGCGCCGUGUUCUCCUGGCACAUUGAGGGGCGCCGUGUUUUCCUGGCACAUUGAGGGGCGCCGUGUUCUCCUGACACAUUGAGGGGCGCCGUGUUCUCCUGGCACAUUGAGGGGUGCCGUGUUCUCCUGACACAUUGAGGGGCGCCGUGUUCUCCUGACACAUUGAGGGGCGCCGUGUUCUCCUGACACAUUGAGGGGCGCCGUGUUCUCCUGACACAUUGAGGGGCGCCGUGUUCUCCUGACACAUUAUGGGGCGCCGUGUUCUCCUGACACAUUAUGGGGCGCCGUGUUCUCCUGACACAUUAUGGGGCGCUGUGUUCUCCUGACACAUUAUGGGGCGCCGUGUUCUCCUGACACAUUAUGGGGCGCUGUGUUCUCCUGACACAUUAUGGGGCGCUGUGUUCUCCUGACACAUUAUGGGGCGCUGUGUUCUCCUGACACAUUAUGGGGCGCUGUGUUCUCCUGGCACAUUGAGGGGUGCUGUGUUCUCCUGGUACAUUGAUGGUGCUGUGUUCUCCUGGCACAUUGAUGGCGCUGCAUCUUGCACAGUUCAAGGAAAAGCAAAUCAUCCUUUAACGUGUGCUGAGAGGCACGACAUUCAUUCUGGCACACUGUGGGGCACUGCGUCCUGUCUGACACACUGUGGGGCACUGCGUCCUGUCUGGUACACUGAUUGGCACUGCAUCCUGCCCAGUUCUUAGAGGAGAACGCCGGAAAAACUACUGGUCUGCGCAAUGAAGACAAGUGAAGCUUGGCAAUAAUUCCCAGCAAUUUUCAGCAAGAAAUUGUAUUUGUUAGAGAAGGAAAUGGCACAGUGCAUUAACCUCUCGAUUACCUAUUAAUAGAGCUACACACCCAUCUUUAGAGCAACUCAUAAAAAAUAAACCUGCAGCAAUUGAGGGUUUAAAAAUAAACUGUGAGCUAUAAAAACUGCGCCUCACUUCCUCGUCUGGGAACGAUCAGAGAACUGCCUACCAGUGGAAUGUAUAGAAGUGAAUAUGGCUAAUUUAAAGAGAUAGCGGCUGUAACACCUGACUGUCACCUCCUGCCCUGUGCUCUGUAUAGCGCGCUCUCUGUAUAGCGCUCUCUGUAUAGCCCGCUCUGUUUACCGCUCUCUGUAUAGCCCGAUCUGUAUAGCCCUCUCUGUAUAGCAUGCUCUGUAUAGCCCGCUUUGUUUACCGCUCUCUGUAUAGCCCGAUCUGUAUAGCGCACUCUCUGUAUAGCGCGUUCUCUGUUUAGCCCUCUCUGUAUAGCCCUCUCUGUAUAGCCCUCUCUGUAUAGCGCACUCUGUAUAGCCCGCUCUGUAUAGCGCGCUCUGUAUAGCUCUCUGUAUAGCUCGCUCUGUAUAGCCCACUCUGUAUAGCUCUAUAUAGCCCGCUCUGUAUAGCUCUCUCUGUAUAACGCUCUCUGUAUAGCUUGCUCUGUAUAGCUUGCUCUAUAUAGCGCACUCUGUAUAGCUCGCUCUGUAUAGCCCACUCUGUAUAGCUCUAUAUAGCCCGCUCUGUAUAGCUCUCUCUGUAUAACGCUCUCUGUAUAGCUCGCUCUGUAUAGCCCGCUCUGUAUAGCUUGCUCUGUAUACCGCUCUCUGUUUACCCCUCUCUGUAUAGCCCACUCUGUAUAGUCCUCUCUGUUUACCGCUCUCUCUAUAGCCCACUCUGUAUAGCCCGCUCUGUUUACCGCUCUCUGUAUAGCCCGCUCUGUUUACCGCUCUCUGUAUAGCCCGCUCUGUAUAGCCUGCUCUGUAUAGCAUGCUCUGUAUAGCCCGCUCUGUAUACUGCUCUCAGUAUAUGUUAAAGGGUCAAUAACUGAGGCAAACUCUCUGGCUGUUUAUUUAACUGCGUGUUAGUGACGUCAAAAUGAGCAGUGUUAUAGUGGCGCCAGAAUGAGAAGGCCGCAACACCUUAAUAGUGCUAUGUAUAAUGAGUGUAAUUCCAGCAAAAUUUGGGGUUCAGGAUUUUUAACAUUAUUAAGGAGAUGGGGGUGCAGGUUAUCUUCCUAACCUAUGCUCAUCACCCUUAACAUGGCUUCCCUUAGGCUGUAAAUACAGAAUAUUUCAUCUAAACUGAUCAAGCUCUGAUUUCCACAGCUACCCUCCGUAUAGUCAGUAAAUAUCACUUUACUCUGAGUUUUUAAUGUGGCAGGAAGGGUUAAACGUGGCCUGUUUUCUAUAAAUUAUAGCUGAACCUGCCUGGGGAGUUGAGUCACUGUGAUCCAAACUGUAAUUAGAUGAGAUUAGGUUAUUAAACUAGCUGUCACACUCAGUGUGACACGCUCACAGCCCUCACAGCGCAAUUCGUUUACAAGGCAAUGAGAAGCGCGUGGACACACUCCUUGUGUUAGGAGAAAGAAUCCAUCAAAUUAAUGAGAGCGCUUUCUGCCGUUUUAUAUCGUUGGCGUUAUGUGCUGUGUGAUGAUAUCAUCACGUUGAGACGGUCAGCUAUUCUCUAAAGUGUUAAUUGGUGAUAAAUCAAAGUGAAUUGAAAAGAGAUUUUACAUGUGAAGUCACAUUUAGACCUGCAAUUUCAAAUCACUUCGAAUUCACACAUAGAAUUUGGAUUUGCUGGGGCGUGUCUUGGCCACCAUCUUAGAUGGCCACGUUUUAGAGAGGCUCCUGGACAAGGGGGUACAUUUUUUGUUCCAACAGUCCAAAUUUUAAUUUUAAUGGACCAACUCUAAUUGAUGCUACAAAAAGCCAAUCCAAUAUCUAGCAUGCAGAAGCAAAAAAAGCCUGAAAAAACCAUACCUGGGAUGAAGAAGUGGAAGCAGGAGCUGCUGGGGUGAGUAAAGGUUCCCAGGCACACUCCCCUGCUUCUAAAUCCGGCUCGCGGCUUGUUUCACCGCUUAAAAUAUCGUUGGUGGCAUUGGGGAAAUCCCUCCCUACCUUCCGCCUGGUCUCCCAAGCUAAAUCCCAUCCCUGUGCGGCCGCAACCUGUUCGCGGCUUCCUGAGGGCGGCGGGACCGCGGCCGCACUAGCUGACACUUCCGUGUGCGGCUCAGAGUGCUCCAAACACUCAGCAUGCUCGGAGCACAGUGCUGUGUCUCCCGCGAGCGUCAAGGACCACCCAGGAAGCCGCUCACGGUCUAACACUAGAGCAGUCCGGUCGCUCACUUACAAAAGCGACCGGGUUGCAAGUAUAGGGGAGGGCAGUGUGAGGUCACGCUCCCCGUCGGGAUCCUCAGCCUCCAGGUUGUCGGUCUCGGCGGGGGGGGGCUCUGCUGGCCGACCCAAAACAUUUAAAGGCACAGUAAGGGCUAUAGCAAGCCCAGAUGAUAACAGUAUGGAAUUAGGAGCUGAAGUGCUCCAAACAAGUUCUGGUUCUGCACUACCACAGAGAAUAUGUCAUGAUGCCACAAUAAAGAUGGCUGCCAGUCCAGAUAUUAUGUAUUCCACUCCCAAGAUGCCCACUGCCACCUCCAAUAUGGCUAGUAAAGCAUUUAAAGCAGCGAUUUACAAUCCCAAUAUGCCACCUGAAUUGGCAGAUCUGCCACCGUCAGCUGGCAUGAUAAUUCAACUCAUCUAAGAUUUGAGAGUUGAUUUGAAAAACGACUUUAAAAAAGACUUUGACGCAUUAUAUGGAGCCAUGGAGGGCAUUAAUCAACGAAUGGAAAUAAUAGAGAAUAGAUUGCACUUGCAAGAGCAAUCUCACCUGGAUCUGGUUGAAACCGUAAAAGUUGAAAAGUUAGCCGACGCUGAGGAAAGAAGUAGGCGUAAUAACCUAAGGAUCAGGGGGAUCCCUGAUAAUAUCGAUUCUCAGGAAUUACAAAGCUAUUUCCAGACAAUGGUGAAGUCAGCUCUACCAACCGCUAAGAAUACGGAUUUACUAUUGGACCGCAUCCAUAGAUUGCCCAAACCUGGCAAUGCACCUCCGGCUGCACCCAAUGAUGUGAUAGUGAGAUUCCACUACUAUCACAUUAAAGAGGAAUUUCUUGGUGCAGUACGCGCGUCAGGCCUCACGGGAGAUUACAGUGGCAUUAAGGUCUUCCAAGACUUCUCUGCUUAAACAAUGAGGCGACGCAGGGAAUUUCAACUUUUCACCUCAGAGUUAAGACGAAGAGGGAUAAGAUAUAGGUGAGGAUUCCCGGUUAAAGUCCUUUUCCGUAUGGAUGGUCGGAAUUUCAUAAUCACGUUGCCUGAGGAAAAAAUGGAACUCAUCAAUUCUAUGAAUAGACGUCAGGUUUCACCUCAUAGACUCUCGCCAUCUAAUCGGACACUUCCUGAGAUCCCAGCUCAUAGAGCUACAGUCUUCAUUUUCCACGGUCGUAAGUUGCUCGAUGCUUCAAGUUGAGAUGUUCUCCCUAUCUUCACAAAGGAAUAUUUUUUUUUUUUAUUUAUUUUUUUUUAUUGAUUUUUAUGGUUUGGUUCUGAGAAAACUUUAUUUCUGAAACAGAUUGAGUCCUGCUCCAGUCCGGAGAUUUAUCGAGAUUACUUUGAAUCUUGACUUGUUUCUCCUUUUUAUGACAGACUUUUGAGUUUGCGCACCAACGGUUAUUUGAUAUGUGCCUCCUAGGUUUAUUUCAGAAAUUGAUUCGAUUACUUAAAACCUUCUAAAUUUAUACAAUCAAAAUUAUUUUUUAUAUAAUUUCAUAUUUAUUUAAUUUUAUUAUUAUUUUUUAUUGUUUUGUGCUUUUUGCCCUUUCAAAUUUCAUACUUAAAAAGUUGCUUUUUGUUUUUUUACUAUUUAUAUUGGCUCCCCUCGUACCCAGUAGCCUUCUCCUCCCAACCUGGGCCUAACACCCUGAGAUGGAGAAACUUUUUUUGUUCUCCCUCAUGGCCCUCUUUCACUGUUUUUGUUUCACCCCUGAUAGGGGUAUAUGCCCAAGUUUUUUGUUCCCCUUUUUUAUUUUUUUUUUAUUUUUUGUCCAUUCAUUAUUUAAAGUUCAGUAGAAAUGUUUCUAGACCACAAAACACUGCAAUGCUUCAUACAAAAAUGCAUACUACGUGGCAUCAGCAACUUGCAAAAAUCUGUUUAUUCACUAUUCCUGUACACACAAGUACACAGUAGGUUUUGUACAGGAUAGACAGGCGCCAGACAGAACUAGAAGAUUCAUAAACUUGAUUCGGCAUAUCAAUAUGACCAAAACACCUUCUUUGCUUCUAUCUCUAGACGCAGAGAAUGCGUUUGACAGGAUACAUUGGGGAUAUUUAUGGAGAACAUUAGACAGGUUCAACAUACCAUCAUCCUUUAUCACAGCAAUUAAGGCGCUAUAUUGCGCACCCUCCGCCCAUGUCUCAGCUUCUGGCUUCACAUCCAAAACUUUCUCUCUAACCAACGGGACGAGACAGGGGUGCCCUUUAUCUCCAAUUUUGUUUGUCUUAGCGAUAGAACCCCUGGCCGAACUAAUUAGAACGACCCCACAAAUUGUAGGAAUUGCUAUUAAAGAAUCCGUUCACAAAAUUGGCCUGUUUGCAGACGAUAUAAUCAUAGCUGUCAAAAACCCAAAAGAAUCUUUGAGACACCUCAAGGACAUUUUAACUCAAUUUGCCGAGAUAUCGUACUGCAAAUUAAACAAGUCCAAAACUCAGACCCUCCCGUUUCAUUUAAAUAAUUUGGACACCAUUGCCCUUAAGAAGUCAUAUUUAUUUGAUUAGAGAACUGACUAUAUGGAAUAUCUUGGCAUUAAUUUAUGCAAAAAUUUGGUCAAUAUGCACAAUCACAACUUGAGGAAAGCAUGGUCGGACUUACAAAAAGAGAUGGAGAGAUGGGGUGGGAUGGGGCUCUCAUGGCUGGGGAGGGUCGCAUCUAUUAAAAUGACGAUACUCCCCAAAAUUUUAUAUUUUUUUAGGACCAUUCCUCUCUCCAUCCCAUUAUCAUUUUUUAAUAAAGUUCACUCGACAAUGCUGAAGUUUAUCUGGGGGAACAAGCCUUCCCGAGUGAGGCUUCCCUGCAGCACCAUAAAUCGAAUGGCGGUAUCGGUGUCCCCGAUAUCCGCAAAUAUUAUUUUGCCACUCACGCUGCAGUGGUUGUGAGCAAUAACAGCCAGGUUGAUAAACCCAGAUGGAUGGAAAUAGAGGAAUCAAAAAUUUCACCGGUUAGAUUAUCAGAAUUACCUUGGUUAAAUUCUAAGAAAAGACCUGGAAUUACAAAAUUAUUUUUAUCUACCAAGACUACGCUUAAGGCCUGGGACAUUGUUUUUAAAAAUGACCAGUCUCCCAGUUUAUAUAGAGCAAUGCCUAUUGAGUUAUUGAAAGACUAUAUACCAUCCUUAAAAAUAGAAUUGUUGAAGGAUUGCUCUAUAACUAAUCUGGAUAAUUUUUUUUAUGACAAUGCUAUUCUUUCUUUGGAAAAAUUGAAGCUUAAGUACGGAUUAUCAAUAGUGAUGUCACGAACGGUUCGCUACAGUUCGCCACGGACUCAUCAUUGAGUAAACUUUGACCCUGUACCUCACAGUCAGCAGACACAUUCCAGCCAAUCAGCAGCAGACCCUCCCUCCCAGACCUUCCCACCUCCUGGACAGCUCACUAAGAAUGCAGCUUCACAAUGAAUGUAAAAUGGAUGCUGUCCAGGAAGUGGGAGGGUCUGGGAGCAGGGACGUAUUAGCCGCAAGGCUAACAAGGCACUUGCCUUGGGCGUCAAUUUUCAGGGUGCGGCAAAAAACACUGCCCCCUAAUGCCCAGUUAGCCUUGCGGCGAUUAUGCCUAGGGCAGCACAAAACCAGGAUACACCACUGUCUGGGAGGGAGGGUCUGCUGCUGAUUGGCUGGAAUGUGUCUGCUGACUGUGAGGUACAGGGUCAAAGUUUACUCAAUGAUGAGUCCGUGGCGAACCGUUCGAUGAACCGUUCGGGACAUCACUAAUUAUCGAAUGUAUGCUAAUCAUUGACAAAUUGAAAGAACUAUACCAGGUAUCUGAAACAGAUAAAAACUAUAAAUCACUUGAGUUAUCUCCUUUAGAGAAAGUUUUUUUUUUUUUUAUACAGCCCGCUAGUAAAGGUAUGAUAUCCUUAUGCUAUUUGUUUUAUAAUGCCAAGCCAUUAGAUAAAUUAAAACAUAUGUUGUCAUGGGAGAUGGAGUUGGGUGCCCAGUACGAUUUAGAAGAAUGGUUCGUUUUUUUUUAAAGGUUUAAAAGGUAUUUUUAUUGCAUCGACCAUUUUGAAUAUCAUUAUAAAAUCUUAUAUCGCUGGUACCUGGCUCCGUCUAGAUUGCACAACAUGAACAAUAUGUAUUUUGACCGGUGUUGGAGAGACUGUGGGGGAGUGGGCAAUAUGGCCCAUAUCUGGUGGUUCUGCCCCAAGUUAACUAAUUACUGGAAAAUGAUUCAUGAUCUAAUUAUUAAAGUGAAUGGAACCAUUAGUAUCUUAACCUCGGCACUAGCCUUAUUUAAAAAACUCCCGGCGUCCGUUAAUAGAUCAGAUAAAAUAAUCAUAGGCCACAUUCUGAUCGCUGCUACAUCCUGUUUACCUAGACAUUGGAAGUCCCAAAAUGUGCCAUCUCUCAGAGAAGUUUUUAAUUUGAUCCUAGAAAACAAGGCACACGAAUUAUCGCAUAGAGCCAAUAUGCAUGGUUUCCCAAUAUUAAAAUACAACUGGGAUAAAUGGGAGGAAAAAAUCAAAACAGUUUAUGGUCUUUGAUAUAUUUAUUGUUAAAGUGCAUUGAUGUACAUUUUUGCCAUAUACAUUAUGUUUAUUUCAAUGAUGGAUGGAUACCCCUUCCCAUUUCCAAGUUACCCUUCCUGUCCUACUCUUAAUACAAUGUUUGUAUUACUAUCACUUGUUAUACAAAAUUUUAAAACUUUAAUAAAAAUUAUUUGAAAAUAAUUUGGAUUUGCUGACAAUUUACACUUUUGUGAAAUAGCUGGUUUCAGAAUCUUAAUAUCUCCCAAGUUUCCCUAUUUAGGAAGGAUGGUCCCUAUUUGCAAUAAUACUCCCAGUAAUGUGUCUGAGUGUAUAACAGAGCUCCACAGCAAUAAUACUCCCAGUAAUGUGUCUGAGUGUAUGACAGAGCUCCACAGCAAUAAUACUCCCAGUAAUGUGUCUGAGUGUAUAACAGAGCUCCACAGCAAUAAUACUCCCAGUAAUGUCUGAGUGUAUAACAGAGCUCCACAGCAAUAAUACUCCCAGUAAUGUGUCUGAGUGUAUAACAGAGCUCCACAGCAAUAAUACUCCCAGUAAUGUGACUGAGUGUAUAACAGCGCUCCACAGCAAUAAUACUCCCAGUAAUGUGUCUGAGUGUAUAACAGCGCUCCACAGCAAUAAUACUCCCAGUAAUGUGUCUGAGUGUAUAACAGAGCUCCACAGUAUUAAUACUCCCAGUAAUGUAUCUGAGUGUAACAGAGCUCCACAGCAAUAAUACUCCCAGUAAUGUGUCUGAGUGUAUAACAGAGCUCCACAGCAAUAAUACUCCCAGUAAUGUGUCUGAGUGUAUAACAGAGCUCCACAGCAAUAAUACUCCCAGUAAUGUGUCUGAGUGUAUAACAGAGCUCCACUGUAAUAAUACUCCCAGUAAUGUGUCUGAGUGUAUAACAGAGCUCCACAGCAAUAAUAACUCCACAGUAAUGUGUCUGAGUGUAUAACAGAGCUCCACAGCAAUAAUACUCCCAGUAAUGUGUCUGAGUGUAUAACAGAGCUCCACAGCAAUAAUACUCCCAGUAAUGUGUCUGAGUGUAUAACAUAGCUCCACAGCAAUAAUACUCCCAGUAAUGUGUCUGAGUGUAUAACAGAGCUCCACAGUAAUAAUACUCCCAGUAAUGUGACUGAGUGUAUAACAGAGCUCCACAGGCAAUAAUACUCCCAGUAAUGUGUCUGAGUGUAUAACAGAGCUCCACAGCAAUAAUACUCCCAGUAAUGUGUCUGAGUGUAUAACAGAGCUCCACAGCAAUAAUACUCCCAGUAAUGUGUCUGAGUGUAUAACAGAGCUCCACAGCAAUAAUACUCCCAGUAAUGUGUCUGAGUGUAUAACAGAGCUCCACAGCAAUAAUACUCCCAGUAAUGUGUCUGAGUGUAUAACAGAGCUCCACAGCAAUAAUACUCCCAGUAAUGUGUCUGAGUGUAUAACAGAGCUCCACUGCAAUAAUACUCCCAGUAAUGUGUCUGAGUGUAUAACAGAGCUCCACAGCAAUAAUACUCCCAGUAAUGUGUCUGAGUGUAUAACAGAGCUCCACAGCAAUAAUACUCCCAGUAAUGUGUCGGAGAGUAUCACAGAGCCCCACAUCAAUAAUACUCCCAGUAAUGUGACUGAGUGUAUAACAGAGCUCCACAGUAAUAAUACUCCCAGUAAUGUGUCUGAGUGUAUAACAGAGCUCCACAGCAAUAAUACUCCCAGUAAUGUGUCUGAGUGUAUAACAGAGCUCCACAGCAAUAAUACUCCCAGUAAUGUGUCUGAGUGUAUAACAGAGCUCCACAGCAAUAAUACUUCCAGUAAUGUGUCUGAGUGUAUAACAGAGCUCCACAGCAAUAAUACUCCCAGUAAUGUGUCUGAGUGUAUAACAGAGCUCCACAGUAAUAAAACUCCCAGUAAUGUGACUGAGUGUAUAACAGAGCUCCACAGUAAUAAUACUCCCAGUAAUGUGUCUGAGUGCAUAACAGAGCUCCACAGUAAUAAUACUCCCAGUAAUGUGUCUGAGUGUAUAACAGAGCUCCACAGUAAUAAUACUCAAAGUAAUGUGUCUUUAAGUUACAGUAAAUGUGUUUAGAAAUUGGUGAAAUUAAUAUAAGCCAUUUCUCCUGUUUGUUGCUGUACCUGGCAACCUGCCCCUAAGAUGACAUGUUCUGUAACUAACCGCAGCGUUGCGUGGAGUGUGAGGAGAUGGAAAUAUCAAAUAUGCAGCAAAAAUGCCCCUCUGUGUUGCUAUUGCAGAACUUGUUGGAACUUGCUGUACUCUAUCAGGACGUUCUGGCUCUGCCUGGAGGAUGCAAACUGACUCAACAUUCAAGGAAUGGCCCUUAAUCCAAUAAUGUGCAACAUUAUUCAGUUACAGCAUGAUUCGACCUCCAAACUGUCAAACGCAGACCCCAAAACACCCGAUACUGUAUAAACAUGUGCUAAUUACACUGCUGCAACUCCUACAACUCUCAGCCUAAUAACAGGCCGUAACAGUGCUUAUAGUCUCAUUAUAGGACGCAGAUUGUUCCCUGUUUCUGUCUAUAUUGUAUUGUGUGAUGAUUUCUAUAUUAUUUAUAUUUGCUAUUUUAUUUACAUUUUCUAAAGAGUUGUGUUUAUUGAAUUGUUUGUGAUUGUAUUUUAUGUUGCCAGUGGUUGUUAUAUAUAUCAAUGGUGCUUUAUGUAUUUGUAGUGACUGUUUUUACGUAACGAUGGUUUUAUGUAGUUAUAAUGUGCCAUACAUUUUUUUGCUGCAUGUUUUUGGCCGUUGAUUAAGGUCUGAUCAUAGAAUUACAAUUUACGGUAAGAAAUUGUGUGUUUAGUGAAAUUGCUUGGAAAGUGCUGUGUAAACACACAUUUCACUGUUUAUGAAACACUCUGCCGGGGAUGUUGUCACAAUAAAGCAUUACUUGUUUAGGACACAGCCGAGCCAUUAAUAAUCAGUGACAGUUCUCCACCUUCUGCUAGAAUAAAUCAUGAAGCCCCUCCUCCUGUGCAAUUACUUUUGGAAUGUUCUAGGGGUUCACCUGCUUUGGGCACAAUACGUGUUAAAAUCAGUUUCUGUACAGCUGCUCGCAAUGUGUUUCUUAGUAAUAAUGGUUAUCUUCUGAUUUUUGUGUUUUCGUUGUUUUGCAGCCAUGACUGGUGCAGCGAUGCAGUCAAACAGGGUUAUUCACUAAAGUCAGAAUGGGGCAAAACCACCUGGCUGCGUACGGGACAUUCAGACCGCAAAAUCCUGACUAUUCACACCGAUCAGGCCUGAGCUUGGUACGGAUUGCAGCUCGGACCAAACACUGCCCAGCUGCUGAAAUCCUGAUCCGAAUACUAAAAAAAAAUCUAAACGAUUUAGCCACUGGAUGCGCGAGUAGCAAGUGGGCAAAUGGUAAAAAAUCCUGUGGCAGUGCGAGAGUUAAUUACGUGGCAGCUACCCAGCCCUUCCUAGCCAAGCCAGCCGCCACAUCAAAAAUGUUAAAAUACUUUUUUUUUUUUUUUUUUUAAAGAAGCCUAUGGGUGUUGAUGAGACCUGCAUAUUAUCAUAAAUGAGGCUUAAAACUAUCUGUUAAACUUUUAACUAUAGCAAAUGGAUAGCCAUUGGUGCUCAGUCUCUAGAAAGGGAGUGGACAUGGCCCCGUCGCCCUAUCGGCAUUGUGUGGUGGAAUUUAAAAUAAAUACACGAGGUGGACAGACCACCUAUGGGCAGGAGCAGGUGGCGGAUUAUGUGCCUAUGUCCCGUUGGGAUGUGGCCUUUCUAGUGACUGGUCGGCAGUGGCUGCCCAGUUGCUUGUUUGUAACAUCUAGUAGAUAUCCCCCCACCUGCGGAUGGUAAUGUGGGGAUCUUACUGACCCACAAUGGGUUUUUAUUAAUUAUUAUUUUGUUUAACUUUUUUUAAUGCCGUGGCUGGCUAGCAAGUGCUGGCCAUCAGCCACAUAAUUAACCGUCUGCUAGUCCUGCCAGCACAGUACUUCAGAUUAUCAUUAACUUCCGUAAAAGCAGGGGAAUGUGCGACGUGACAGAUUCAUUUGAUUCCGAAUUUUAUAAAAAACGUGUGUUGUGAAUCUUCCGAAUCCUAUACUUUCUAUCGGAUUCAGAGGUGCGAAAUCACAUAUUUUAUUCUGGACACGGAAUGUAUCUGUGCGACUAUUGCUGACUGAUUUCUGACUCUAUUUGGCUUUAAUAAAUUUGAGAAUUGCCAUCGCGGUUGGAAAUCGGUCACUUUUCAAUGGAUUAUUGUUUUUGUGAAUGCUGAUAUUGUAUUACUCAUACAGAAUAUCUUCCACUUAGAAUUUGCUGAGGUUCUACUUUGUCAUUUGAAUAAGAGAAUUCCUGAAAGAGAGAGGUGUUCAGGACACAUUUUACAAGUUUUAGCUAAGCAGAUUUGGUUAUGGGAACAGACGUAACAGGGAAGUAUUUUACACGGUCAGUUUGUUGCCAUUUCUUAUUCAAAACUCAAAGCAAACAGAACUUUUCCAUCACACCAUAUGUGCCGACGGGGACACACAGAGUUCCGUGCUGACAGAACGAAAAGUGAUUUUACAGUAAGCGCUACAGGAAUGGUUAAUGAGUGCACACCCAUUUUCUGGUUAUUUUGCAGGUUUUACAUUGUUAGAAUAGUUAAAACUCGUAAAAUGCAUUUUCUUUUUUUUUUUGAAAAUCUGUUUAUUGAAGAAAAGAGAGGGUUACAGAAAGAAUUCGGCUCGCAGGCCUACUUAGAAGACAAGGGUAUUGUAGCGAUAUUUCCAUAUUUUGAGUCACAUUUUUUUGUGCCCACAUAACCAUGUCUCCUGACAGGGUUUAAUUACAGCGAUAAGUUACGUAACUAACAGUAGGCGUACAUAGGAUAACAGAAAGGUAAAGUAUGUAGAGUGACAACCGUCAUUGUUUUGGCGUACGUACAUAUGUAUAGUAUGUAACAUCCUUAUUGCUAGUAAGCGGACUUUUAACAUAAAGCGUGGCUCUAAGUCGGGUGCCUUCAUAAGACACAGUAUACUUUGUAGCAGGAGUGCCUAAUAAUAGGCUGGACAUAGUUAACUAGCUCCUGGCAUGAAAGGAGCGUAGGUGCUUUGGUCUUAAGGUUAGGCUUGGUUAUCCUAUGGGUGUGUUCCCAUGUCCCGCAAUUCGAUGUACCGAUAAUAGUGCCAGUAUUAUGCAUUCCUUUUUUUUUUUGGCUUUCUUGACUCUUGGCUUCCCCCUCCUCCCCCUGUCCCCCAGGCGUGUGCAUUGUGUAUUAGACAUGUAAGAGGGGUCAGCAUGGGAAAGAGAGUCGAAAAGGGAGAAAAGAAAGUAGCGGUCCUAUCAGGUUCCCCCCCCGCCCCCUUGUCCCCAUAUCGCGCCCCGUGGGUGCCCAGUGGUUAUAGUCGCGUGCGAGAAGGGAAGUCUCGGUUGGGUCACGUAUUUUCAGCGUUUCGGAAUGUGUGUGGGAGGGUUGGGUCGGCGGGCCGAUGUUGGUUUCAUCUGCCCAGGGAUUAUAUUUCCAGUGAUAGAGUGGUCCCAACCCCCACGGCUUUGGCGGGGUAGGCGCGUGAUCUGUCUCCCCGUCCACCGUCACUCCCUCCCCCCUCACGAGACCUUUAGUGCCCUCCAGCCUGGUAGACGAACCAUGGUUGCCACAUCUCCGCGUGCCUGGUCCCCCGACCCGUCAGGGAUGCCUGUAGUGCUUCCGCCAACUGUAUGUCUCCCACUCUGUUUCGCCAUUCUGCAACCGUGGGGACCUCAGUUCGUUUCCAAUAUACAGGGAUAAGGGCUUUAGCUGCAUUCAGUAGGUGUAAAAUGCAUUUUCUUAAACAAUUAUUUGCUAGCCGGAUGCCACGUUGAUGGGCCAGUAAACCUGAAAAUGUUUGUGUACUAAUGGAAGAAGUGACACAUGCACACAGUUUGACACACAUACAGACUGACACAAAGACAGAUACAUAUACUGUAGAGACCAACACCCAUACAGAGAGACGCACAUACAGGCCCACACUUACAGACAGACACACAUACAGAUAGUUAGGAACAUUGCAUACAAUUCCUCAGCCUGGUCCUGUACUUGCUACUCUGCAUGUUGCUCUCUGCAGAAUAUAAACCCAUCACUUGAACCAGGCCAUGACUAUGUGAUGAUAAGAGCUUGGAAAAAGAUCAGGAAUCCAGAUUAAUUUACUGGUCGCUGGAAUUUAACUGUUCAGUGUAGUGUAUUGUUUUUCUAAAAUGUGAAGUUUGAUGACUCCUUCUUUUAUCUCUCAUGAAUUUCAGCAGGAGCCAGGACCAGGGGCAUCCCAGAAUACCCAUCACCCAGAGCCAGGACCUGGAGUACCCCACAAUGCCCAUCAUCCUGAGACAGCUCUUAAUAUUCAGCCUGUGACUCCCACCACAUCCUCAAACCAAACACGAGAGACCUGGGGAGGAAAGUAUGAGUUCCUUCUUUCCUGCAUUGGGUACUGUGUGGGCCUCGGCAAUGUCUGGAGGUUCCCAUAUCUCUGCUACCGCAAUGGAGGAGGUGAGUGUUAUCUGGGGUGUGAAUGUUGUUUAACUGGGCUGGGGUCAUUUACCGAGCUGGACAUAGUGUCUAUUGGUGGGCCUUGGGUAUUGUAUGGCAACCACAUGCAGCCGCAGUGUAGAUAUCAUGCUGGCUUAUUGGGAACCUGCAUUCCAUACACAUACCGUAGGAGUUCCUGGUAUGACAACACUCCUAACACCAGUUCCUGGGCAUUUUCAAUGUUCUAGUUGAUGAUGUAAGUUCAGUAAAAGUGAAAAUUGCCCUUUAUGUCCUGCAUGCUGGGCCCACAUAACGAUUCCUCUCACAGGUCAUUCUCCAGGUUCGUGGUUGGAAUAUUUCCACUCUAGUUUGAGUAUUGCUGAAGCAGAUCAUGGCUUCUGUAAGUCACAGUAUCUUUUUGAUGCAGUUGCACCAAAGCAUGAGAUGUCGUGGCCUAGAAAAGUUGGCACUUUGGUUGUGGGCUUUAACCGUAACCUUUUGUGUCCAAGUAGAAUAUUACUUGUUGGAUGCACUAGUUGGUGAUUUGUACCCUUAGUUUCAGAUGCCGUUUCCAUUCAUUGUGUCCUAGGUCAGCUUUGUGACUGAUACACCAGUUGUACAACUGGUAAGCGAUUUUGUCUGUUUCCGAGUGGAUUCCUGAUUGAGUAUUAGGAUUCAUGCUUGGUUAUCCAAGUGACAAUGCUGGCACCUAUGCAAAAUACACUUCUAUAGGUCUGGCCCCAGAGGGACGGCCAUGUCUGGUGAUGGCCUUGGCGGUUCAAGGUGACUGCCCUUCCCAUGAAAGUAUUUAGAAAAUUGGGCAGACUGGAUGGGCCGAAUGGUUCUUAUCUGCCGUCACAGUCUAUGUUUCUAUGUUUCUAUGACAUUAUACACAGUGUAAAUUAUAUUAACCUCUCCAGUCCAGCCAUUAGUUAUAAUAUCGCUAUUUGUGGUUCAUACAAAGGCAAAAGAUAAGAUUAAAUUGUCAUUAAGGCAAUAAAACAUCAGCCGUGCCCCAGCCGUAAAGGGGCCCUGGUCAUCAUCUCUGACGCAGAUAAUGAGAAAGUAAAUGCAUGUGAUGGGUGUGUGCGCUCAGAAAGAGCCAAUAUCUCCAUAUUACAACAUAUUGUGUUAUAUAAAGAUAUUAAAAAGCCUCACUUUGGCUCCCAGGCGUCUGCCAGUGAAUGAAGGAUCUGAUUUAUUUCUGACCUUCUGGCACUGCAAAAGGCAGGGGUCAGCAACCUAUAGCACGUGACCCUGUCCGAUCCAAAUGGACCAGAAAUGGAAAUCGGAGGACACAAAAACACAAACAAUAUUACAAACUGCUUACACACUCCUAAUAUGUGUUCAGACACUUCUCUAUCAGCAUUAUGUUCUUCAGUUUUAGUUACGGUAGCAUUCUGUGAGUCCCUCACUCUGCUCCCACCAUGUCUCUCAGCCUUCCUCCCGGAUCUAAUUCUUCUCCCCAUGUCAGCAUAGACACUGCUAUAGACUAGACAUGAACAAGGCUGGAGAGACUGGGGGAGAGAUUGGAAACACAAGAUAUAACUUAAAUAAAUAAAGGGAGCAAGAAUAUUAAUACAAUGAGCCUUCUCGAUGUCAUGUCAAAAUCAUUUACACAUGUUAUUAUAUUUAACAUUAUUAUUAUAAUUAUCAUCAUUAUGAUGUCUAUUUAUAUAAUAUGAUAACAUACUAGCAGAAAAUGGUGGGGUGGAGGGGUGUGUACUUAUAAUUAAAGGGACUCCAUAGACACCGUAAAUGCUUUAUCUCAUUGAAGUGGUUAUAGUGCCUAGAGUCCCCGGCGCCAUUCAUUCUAUUUAUUAAUAAUAAAUGAGAGCCCCCAGCAGCCUAUCCCCUCCACUAUUGAGGAAAGAUUAUCCUGAGUAGCUGUACUGUACCCCUGAUGUAACUGAACCCCCAACUAGAGCUGUACUGUACCCCUAAUGUAACUGAACCCCCUGCUAGAGUUGUACUGUACCCCUAAUGUAACUGAACCCAUUGCCUCAGCCGUACUGUACCCCUAAUGUAACUGAACCCCCUGCUAGAGCUGUACUGUACCCCUAAUGUAACUGAACCCCCUGCUAGAGCCGUACUGUACCCCUAAUGUAACUGAACCCAUUGCCUCAGCUGCAGUGUACCCCUAAUGUAGCUGAAACCCCUGCAAGAGCUGUACUGUACCUCUAAUGUAACUGAACCCCCUUGCUAGAGCCACACUAUACCCCUAAUGUAACUGAACCCCCUGCUAGAGUUGUACUGUACCCCUAAUGUAACUGAACCCAUUGCCUCAGCCGUACUGUACCCCUAAUGUAACUGAACCCCCUGCUAGAGCUGUACUGUACCCCUAAUGUAACUGAACCCCAUGCUAGAGCCGUACUGUACCCCUAAUGUAACUGAACCCAUUGCCUCAGCUGCAGUGUACCCCUAAUGUAGCUGAAACCCCUGCAAGAGCUGUACUGUACCUCUAAUGUAACUGAACCCCCUUGCUAGAGCCACACUAUACCCCUAAUGUAAAUGAACCCCCUUGCUAGAGCCGUACUGUACCCUAAUGUAACUGAACCCAUUGUUUGCUGUGCUAUACACCUUCCUUAGAUAAACAUUACUGUAAUCAAGCUACUAUUGAUUAAGAAAUUGCCAUUUCUUACAGGAGCCUUUCUCAUCCCGUACUCAAUCAUGCUGGUUUUCACCGGACUCCCUCUCUUUCUCAUGGAAUUGAGUUUGGGUCAAUAUGGAGCUGCUGGACCCAUCACUGUUUGGAAAUGUUGUCCAAUCCUGAAAGGUAGAGUAUUCUCACAUCAGUCCAUAUUUAUCGGACUCUCUGCUAGUAAUCUUUCCUCUCUCCUCUCAGCCACGCCUGACGAAGCUGAAUUAUAGCUCAAGGGAAUACAUUUGCAUCCACGCUUUGCUUAUAAAAAUAAAAUUAAAAUCUUCAGGAAGUAUUGUGCCUUUAAAUAUCCAGCAAGUUCCAGUUGCCUAUAAUUAAUUUCCAGCACCAUGAACCGCUUGGUUUAUUCCACGCCAACCCGUCUGUGUCUCUCUGACAUUGAUUUUAACAAUUUUUUUUAAAUAAAGACUCUAACAAACUUUCAAUAUAAUCUCACUUUGAGACUUGAUUCCAUAUACUGGGAGUAGACUGGCUCCAUCAUCUGACCAUAACAAUUCGGUAAAUCUAGACUGGUACCACUUUAGGCACGAGGUUGAUUUGAAAAAUUAUACAACUCAACUAUCAAUGUCACACACAUCACAGAGACGAGGUGGGUAAGGAAGGAGGAGGGAGGCUAUCUAAGCACCUGUUACAGAACUCAGGGAGUGAUAACUGUCCACAGGUUAGGGGACGCAAUACUUACCUUGCCCUGGGAGCUGGCAACCCACACUAUGCCAUUGUAUAGGACUGUGCUCGUUCCAUUACCUGAUCAAUAGGUGUCUGUGUAGAACUAUGUUCAUUCCAUUGCCUGAUCAAUAGCUGUGUAAAGGACUGUGCUCAUUCCCCUGCAUGACCAAUAGAUGUGUGUAGGAAAGUGCUUGUUUUGUUACCUGACCAUAUAUCCCAAAAGAGUAGAGUGGUUUAUUAGAAGUGAGUAGGAGUCGGACUAGACUAGAACCAGCAUUGUCUGAACAUGACAUAACAGUAACACAAUAAUGGUGCAAUUGUAUACCCUUCAGACGUCAGGAACACUACAUUAGUGCCAUUGAAGAAAUCAAUAAGACUAGACUAUUGCCAUUGUGCACCAAAGAUUGACAAUUUUCUGUCAGAAAAUGAUACCACCGUCUAGCCAUUUCAAGUCAGAAACACUAGAAUGACAUCACCGUCUGACCAUUACAAGUCAGGAACACUAGAAUGGCAUCACCGUCUGACCAUUACAAGUCAGGAACACUAGAAUGGCAUCACCGUCUGACCAAUACAAGUCAGGAACACUAGAAUGGUACCAUCGUCUGACCAAUACAAGUCAGGAACACUAGAAUGGUACCACCGUCUGACCAAUACAAGUCAGAAACACUAGAAUGGUACCACCGUCUGACCAAUACAAGUCAGGAACACUAGAAUGGUACCACCGUCUGAUCAAUACAAGUCAGGAACACUAGAAUGGUACCAUCGUCUGACCAUUACAAGUCAGGAACACUAGAAUGGUACCAUCGUCUGACCAUUACAAGUCAGGAACACUAGAAUGGCAUCACGGUCUGACCAUUACAAGUCAGGAACACUAGAAUGGCAUCACGGUCUGACCAUUACAAGUCAGGAACACUAGAAUGGCAUCACGGUCUGACAAUUACAAAUCAGGAACACUAGAAUGGUACCACCGUCUGUGUAGCGGAGUAGCAGGGGUUAAUCCAAGGGUUCUCCGCUGGAAACAAAGAUUCAGCAUACAGAAGUACAAAACACAGCAUAAUCCCCUUCCCCAAGGACUAGACGACACAUAGUCUGGGAGUCAACUGGCCUUUAAUGCACAAGCUCUGCUUUUAUAUGUUUUUCCCAUGCAAGAGAGGCAACUUCCAUAAGUUCCAAUCACAUAUUCCAAUUCCAAUCAUACAGUAUCCAAUCACAUAGUCGGUACCUCCCCCACAUCUCCUCCCCUUAACAGUUAAACUUAUUAAAAUGUACACACUUUUCCCCAAUUCUUGGAUGUACCCCAAAUACAGGUGAGGUACCCCUUGGUAGCCCUGAUCUGGGUGAGAAACAUACUCAAAAAUCACCCAGAUUGGACCAGGGGUUCGGGAGUUAUUGCAGGGCAAAUAUUUGACCGACCGCACGGGCACAGUAGCCGAAAAUAGUUCCAUGUGUUCUGGCCCUGCGGUCGGUCUCAAUUCACAUAUAAAAAGGCCCGAAAGUCUUUGCCAUCUAUGCUUGACUUUGCAUUCGGAUGAAUCCCCUGUUUUGCGGGAUUCAUCCUACCGAAUGCUGGGCUGUUCGUGCGUUUUAUUCGCCACUUUCCGGAGUGCUGGAGUCUGACCAAUACAAGUCAGGAACACUGGAAUGGUACCACCAUCUGACAAUUACAAGUCAGAAACACUAGAAUGGUACCACCGUCUGACAAUUACAAGUUAGAAACACUAGAAUGGUACCACCACUUUACAGUAGGAAUAAGAAGUGUAGAAUACUAGUUUGAUUCUCUAAUUAGCCCCAUUCAUUGACAUUAUACACAGUGAUUUGUACCCUUAGUAUUUUUCAUUCUCUAAGUAGCAACAUCCAUUUACUGUUGUAUUUUAUUUUCUACUGAUUAGUGUCCUCUAUUUACUAUUGUGUUUUGCUCCCAGGGAUUGGCAUUGGGAUGCUUAUCGUCUCUUCUCUGGUCUCCUUAUAUUAUAAUGUCAUUAUUGCUUGGACAUUUUAUUAUUUGGGAAACUCUUUCCAGAGUCCACUGCCAUGGUCAUGUGAAGCCUCUCAGUAUGUCCAGCUGUGUAAGGUAAGCAUAAAAAACAUGCACUGUAUGUUACUGUAUGUAUCAUACCUCAUAUCCCUUCUUAGAUGUUUGUUUUCUAAAAUAAACAUGUUUUGUAACCCCUGAAGGACACAUGGCAUGUGUGACAUGUCAUGAUUCCCUUUUAUUCCAGAAGUUUGGUCCUUAAGGGGUUAAAGCUUUCUUCGUAGCUGAAAUCGUCCAUUCCCCUAAUUCAUUUUUUGAACCCUGCAUCUGUACUUUUUUCCAGUCCCAUAAUAUCCUUAUUAAAAUCAGAUGCCCCAAACUGAAACACAUAUUCACAAGUGGAGCUAAUCAUUGAUUUAUGUAGGAGUCAAAUUAUAUAUUCAUCGCAAAACAAAUUCCUCUUUUUAUAUAGAUUUUACAGUUUGUUAUUGGCUUUUGAAGUUGCUGACUGACAUCACGUAGUUACCCAGCCAGUUGUCCUCAUGCUUUUCAUUCAAUAAUGCACUGAUACAUGACUUUUAAUUGCAAGAUCAUUAAUAAAGAUAUAAAUUCUGGGCUCUGUAUGUACGCAACCAGCUUGGCAUAAAAUGACUCUCACUGUGCAAGCCUACAGUGUCCAAAUCAAACUCUCCAGAGAUAAAUUUCCCCUUGUAAGGGCUGAAUUUUCACAAAUUUGAGUACAGAUAAAUUGAUUAAUUCAUUCUGAGCCAUAACGUAAUGAACAGUUCAUUCCGAGAGCUCUUUCUGAAGACGUUGGAUUUUCACAGGUUAACUCCACUAAAGAUCCCAGUGAGGCUCAGGAACAAGUAAUAAAAUACCAUAGAGUAAUAAUCCCAGCAAGCGAGGUAAUCCACGCAUAUUCCCAUACAGAUCCCAAUGACUGGACGACACACCGCAUCUGGAGCAGAACUGAACUUUUAAUCACUCAACCUUCUUUUAAAGCUUUCUCCCAUGCAGGGGAGGGAUUUACAGUAAUUAUUACAGUAGCCAAUAGUGUAACUGUUACCUCCCACACAUCUCCUCCCCUCAGUGUGACACAUAAUCCAAUUAAACAUACUGUAGUUUUCCCCGAGUUCUGGAUGUCCCCCAAAACAAGCAGCUAGAAUAAUAUUUUGGGUACCCCCCUGUAGCCCAGAUCUGGGUGACGAACAUAUUCAAAAUUCACCCAGAUCGGACCAGGGGUUUGGGAGUUAGGUGGAAGGUGAAAUGUGACCGACCGCACACGAGGUGGUAUCCGAAAAAGGCUCCAUGUGUUUUGGCCCUGCGGUCAGUCUCCAUUCGGUAGUUAAAACAUACAGUAAUCCUUGCCAUCCACAGAUAAUCUUCUAUUCGUCUGUAUUCUCUUGUUCGGUACAUUUAUUUUACUGAACGAGGGGCUGACUGGCCCCUCCGUUCGGGAGUUAUGGAGCUCUGGAGGUCUCAGCGGUGUUCGGGUGUUUGAGUGUCCGAUUUGAGUUCCAGACACUUGAAGACCAAACACUGAGAUUUUCUUGAGUAAGAUGGCUGCCGCGCGCGGUUCGUAUGCCAAACAGCGACCACACAGGUGCAUACAAUAUAUCAAUUUCCCGGUCCAUUAAGCUGCGGUUACAGAGUGUGAAAACUUAACAAGGUGCACACUUCUCACUGGGGUGGUCUGAUGGUUCAGUAGUUUCAUUCAUAUGAAAACUACCGAACAAUCAUACGAAAGCUACAUACACUUACAGUUAUACAGGGAAACAAUUACACGAAUACAUUUUUAAUAUGAAUUCUUGAGGACAGCCUUAAUGCAAUCCGCUACAUUGGAUAUGGUUCCUAAACCCUUCAUCAAAGUGUACUGUUCAUUAACUCAAUUUAUAUCUUCAUUAACUAUCUUGCAAAGGACACUGUAAGUCAUGUGUCUGUGGUUGCAGAUGACACAUAUUUAGGUGAGCUAAUGCAGUUUAAGUUAGGGCUUGACAAAUUGGGAGCCAAAUGUAUAUAUUUUUAACCCCUUAAAGGGACACUAUAGUCAUCAUUGCUGCCUAGUACCGCCUCUAGUGACAGCCACUAGGAGUGCUUCCUAGGACAGUGCUGCACAGUGUACAGCACUGGCGAUCAGCGUCUUCACCCUCUGCAAGGAGGCGCUGUAUGUUUCCCAUAGAGAAGCACUGAGUCCCCUGUAACCAUUUGUGGAGGGGCCGGGUGACUGGGCAUGAAUUGACCAAUAAACGGGUUAACUUUUACAGCCAAGCUGUGAAUAUAGGGUAGCUGAGUUACAGAGAUUCUCAAAAUCAGCUAACUUUGCCUAUAUUUUGUAAAUCAGAUUUCAACCCAUUGUACAGCGCUACGGAACUUGUUGGCGCUUUAUAAAUAAUAAUAAUUAAUAACGUGCAACAGUUUGAGGUUUGGUGAAUACCCUUGUCAUUUUGAUAAUCCCAUGUAUCGUAUAAAGAAACACUGUGUGUUAAUAGGUACGUUGUGAACAUUUCAACGCAGACAUAAUUAUGAAAAAUAAAAAUACAAUUUUCAAGCAGAUUUACUAACACUUCCCUGAAUAUUGUAUUUGGCAGAAUUCCACAAAUAAUGGAUCUAAGUUUAGCGCAACGGAGGCCUUCUGGAAGUGAGUAAAUCAGUAAAUAUCUGCCGGGUGCGAUUCUAUAUGUGUCAUACCAUAUAUAUAAAUAAUUCUCUAAUUUCUAUGUCAUUCCGUCAUAGCCUUAUCUGUAUGCUGAUAAUUUAUAUCCAUUUCUGUAAAAUGCUUUCUCUAUAUUCUGUGCUGACAUUUAAUGUGGGUAAGUGCAAGAUAAUGCAUCUUGGACGUAAAAACCCAAGGGCAGAGUACAGAAUAUUUGAUAGAGUCCUAACCUCAACAUAUGAGGAAAGGGAUUUAGGGGUGAUUAUUUCUGAUGACUUAAAGGCAGGCAGACAAUGUAAUAGAGCAGCAGGAAAUGCUAGCAGAAUGCUUGGUUGUAUAGGGAGAGGUAUUAGCAGUAGAAAGAGGGAAGUGCUCAUGCCAUUGUACAGAACACUGGUGAGACCUCACUUGGAGUAUUGUACACAGUACUGGAGACCGUAUCUUCAGAAGGAUAUUGAUACCUUAGAGAGGGUUCAGAGAAGGGCUACUAAACUGGUUCAUGGAUUGCGGGAUAAAACUUACCAGGAAAGGUUAAAGGAUCUUAACAUGUAUAGCUUGGAGGAAAGACGAGACAGGGGGGAUAUGAUAGAAACAUUUAAAUAUAUAAAGGGAAUCAACACAGUAAAGGAGGAGACUAUAUUUAAAAGAAGAAAAACUACCACAACAAGAGGACAUAGUCUUAAAUUAGAGGGACAAAGGUUUAAAAAUAAUAUCAGGAAGUAUUACUUUACUGAGAGGGUAGUGGAUGCAUGGAAUAGCCUUCCAGCUGAAGUGGUAGAGGUUAACACAGUAAAGGAGUUUAAGCAUGCGUGGGACAGGCAUAAGGCUAUCCUAACUAUAUAUAGAUAAGGCCAGGGACUAAUGAAAGUAUUUAGAAAAUUGGGCAGACUAGAUGGGCCAAAUGGUUCUUAUCGGCCGUCACAGUCUUUGUUUCUAUAUCCUCUCUUUAUACAAUGUUCUGAUACAUCUCUUGCUGAUAUUCUGCUGUAAACACGCACUUUUCUAUGUCUACUCAUAUCCCGCAGUGAGAAGGUUCUGGGUGUGGUGCGAAGCUCUGGACUCAGUGACCCCGGACCCGUUCGGUGGGAGCUUGCCCUAUGUUUGCUGGCUGCUUGGGUCAUCAUUUUCCUCUGCACGUUGAAGGGCAUCCGAAGCUCAGGCAAGGUGAGUUUCUCAAACAUCACAUUAUUCAUUGCAUUAAUACACAGGGAAGCUAUCCCUAUCGAUAUCAUCAGACUGCCGCUGUCCGGGCCACAUUAUUGUGUGGGUUAACCAUAUGUUCAUGUGUUUUGCCUGCUCCCCGUUCGGGAGUGUUUCCACAAAGGGAAUUCAUUCGCCUCCCGAAUGGGGACCACCCCACUACCUCAUUUAGAAUGUUUAUACCUCCCAACAAGGUGUCAAACCACAAACUACAAGGGAAGCCUCAGCGCGUGCCUCCCCUGGGUGGCCACCAUUUCGUAUAGAUCAAAGCCAUCCAGGGGGAGUAUUCGUGGACUGCUUCCCACCUCGUUCAGUUCCUGAAUGAGGACCGCCCCAGUACACAUUGGAAUGUUCGCACUAAUCAAUUAGAACGUUUACCACUCGCAACAUAAGUGUGAAACCGCAAGGGUAGUAAUUAACAAGUGAUUCCCUGGGUGGCUGCCAUUUGUAUAGCCAAACGCCAUCCAGGGGGAGGAUUCAUACCCUGAAAGGAGAUGCUUCCCUUGCCUGGUUUCACAUGGGGACCCCGCGAAUGGAGGCUGUUCGAGGCAGGUACUGUUACGGGGGUCCCUGUGGAUUGGUAUAGACACCCUUUGGGGACAAUGGCUGGUUUGUCGGGCUAUCUGUACCUGGGAAAUAAAGAGGCAGGAGGGUUUCCCGCGCUGUGCUUCCUAGGUACAAAGGCUCAUGGGGAGAAGAUCCCUGUAUUUGGGUAUUUGGGAACAGGAGACAAAGGGAAUCCUGGGAAGAAGACCCCCUGACAUCGGAAGUGGGAAAACCUGUACUUGGGUGGCGGGAACUGGGGACAGAGGGACUGGGACUCUUAGAGACCUCUGGGAGGGGGAGGACCCUAGGAGGGGACAUUGUCAUUGUGUGUGAUCCACCCCUUGCAUGGGGACAAGUAGUGGUUGUUGUACCUCCAGAACUGGGUGGCGUCCAGUUACUGGGAGGAAAUGGAUCUCUUUAUAUCCUGAAUAGUUCCUGUUCGGCAGAAGGAAGGGAAAUAGCAGAGGUAUCCGGUCGGGUUACUAGGUGGUCCGCUACACACAGCAACUACACAGAGAAACUGUUCCUCUCCAUAUCACAGCCACUACAUUGAGAAAUUGUCAAUUUCUAUAUCACAGCCACUACAUAGAAAAACUGUCCCUUUGAACAUCUCAGCCACUACAAAGAAAAACGAUUUCUCUCCUCAUCAUGGCCAUUUUAUAGAGAAAUUGACCUAAUCCACAUCACAGCCACUAUACAGAGAAACUGUCCCGCUCUAUGUUGAAGCCAUUGUAAAGGGAAAUUGUUGCUCACCAUGUCGCAGCCACUAAAUUAUCCAUCACAGUAAUCAAACUAUGAAGCUGUCUUACACUAUUUUAUCCACCACAACCACCUAAUUAAAGCUUUUCCCAACACAUUAAUUAUUGUAGGUACCACAUGAAUAGUGGUCUCACACAGCAAUCAGCGAGUCACUCAUUAUAUUUCUAUUGUGUUUUACCGCAUACAUCUUGAUAGAAACAUGGAACUGAAUAUCAAUAACCAAAAGAGCAGCAAAAAUUCCAGUUCAGUCUCUUCUGUGACCUUCUAUGUAUCCGCUGCAGAAACCCAACGGAACCAACGACAUUCCCAUGAUUCGCCAGUGGACUGCACCCCACUUUGUCUUGCUUAACACAUUGCGUUCAAUGUUUGAUUUACCCCGAGCUUCUCACUGCCCCCGGCCCCACAAAGAUUAAAAUAGAACCCACUUAUGCCCAAUUACAGAGCUCUACAGAAACACUGCUCCCAACUAUAGCUCUACAUAAUACCCAGCUCUGUUACAUGCUGCAAAAAGAUCCUUUCUAUGGAAUUAUACGUAUUGACCAAUAUCCACCUAAUUCUCCACAGAUUGUGUAUUUCACAGCUACCUUCCCCUACGUUGUCCUCAUUGUUCUUAUUAUACGAGGUGCCACAUUGGAUGGGUCCAUCGAUGGAGUAAGGUUCUACCUGACAGCUGAUUGGAGCAGACUUCGAAGUGCUCAGGUAUCCCGUCUAUAUCCUGUAUUUAGUUACCCAGUAUGUAGCCAGUUUAUAGUCUUCAUUUACUCUAUAUUUAAUACUUUUUAGACCUAUUUAUUAAAUACAAACAGAUUACAGACCAAAAAUAACGAACAAUUUUCUAAUCACAUUGAUAAAUCUCCCCCAAUGACUGUGUUUUUUCAGGUGUGGAAUGACGCAGCCUCUCAGAUAUUCUACUCCCUGGGCAUUGGGUUUGGUGGCCUACUGUCCAUGGCCUCUUAUAACAAGUUUGAUAAUAACGUGGUGAGGUAAGUGACAAUCAUACUAAGAGUAUGACGAGUUAGCAGAAUGGGCGUUGGGCAAUAAACUUGAGAGAUAACAUUCCCCACAUCCCAAUACAUGUCCAUCGCUCACGAGGUCCUGAAACCAUUGAUAUUUGCCAACAACUGAAUGAAUAGUCACUAAAAGCAGUUUGAUUUCAGGUGUAGUAGUGAGACGAGAUGGCGUCUGUAGUAAAGAUUGAACCUACAGAGUCCUAUUUUAUUUCUACCCUGACAAGUGUCUCCUCUCUUCUAUUCAGGGAUACUUUGGUUAUAGCUAUUGGGAAUUGCUGUACCAGCUUCUUUGCCGGAUUUGCCAUAUUCUCUGUGUUGGGUCACAUGGCUUGGAAAAAGCAGGUCCCCGUGGGCGAGGUGGCAGACUCAGGUGAGUAAGAAAUGUAAAAUUGCUAAAUAGGUCCAAGUUACAUUGUUAUCGUUCCCCAGAAAUUACUAAUGGUAGGACAUCAUUAACCUUUCAGAGAUCACUCUCUGCACGUUGUAAUAAGUGUUCGCAUUUCAGGAUAUAACCUUUCGUUCAAAAUACUUUUAUUUACACACAGACCCUGAUCACAAUUCAAUGCCAACAUUUACUUGAAAACAUUUCCUGUUACAGAAUUAAGACAAUCACCUUACAAAGAUAUGUGAGCUGUUCCUUGUGCUGGAAACACAGUCCGAGUUAGAAAACAUUAUCAACUUAACUCAAACUACACUCUUGUUGUUGUACAUCACUUCAUUAUCGACAAACAAAACCGCAAUAUCGAUAAUUCAUCGUCACAAAAUUAUCGACAAACAAAACCGCAAUAUAGUGGGAUUUUCAGUUACAUCACAGAUUUAAGUUUAUCGACAGCAGUAGUGAUAUUAAUAGUAGACCCACACUAGAUCGACAUUUUAUAUCCGUACGUUGCUCUAACCAUGUUUAGACAUUGUGUGUAUAGUGAUCAUAUGUGUUUGUGGUGUUGUUAAAUUUACCUGUGUUGGUGAAAAUGACUGAAUGAACCAGCACUUUGACAAUUCUCACAAUUACAAGUCAAGUCUGGUCCGAAUGUCAAACUUUUUAUUCAACGGAAUUUAUUUGCCGUCUGGUUUAAAAUCAGUGCUUUUCAAGCGAGCAGUAAUAGUCACUCUGUACUAUUUGCUCACUGACUGCCCAUAAGCCAAUAGAGCCUCAUCCCAUGUAAGCCAACAAUAACCGCGCUCUGACCAAUAUUGCACAGUCUGUAGAAGCUCUUAUACGAGUUUCCUCACCUUACACGCUCAUUCUGAGCUAAUCGCAUGGAUUAUUUUUACUGCAUUAGAUUUUUUUGCCGUUGCAUUUUUUAUUUUCAAAGCCCUGUCGUGGAUUAAUGGAUUUUUAUUUGGCCUUUUUGGGGUUAAAGAAAAUAAAUUUUAAGAAGAAAUGUUAUGGUAAGUAUACUAUUUUUACACAGGUUUUAUACUUACCGGGUUCCCCUCUCUCUAUUAUUAGCGUGAAGGGGUUGGUAAUUUUAUUUUAAUUUGGGUCCCAGAGCCACCAGAUGGGGGGGAUGACUUAAGAACAAUGGCAUGUUCAUCCUUCUCUAUAUUUGUUCAGAGCCCUGAACCCCAACCCACAGGUGGAGUCUGGGGGGGGGGACAUAUACGUUCUGUGUGUCGAGUUAAUGGGUACAUUCUGUAUCUUGGGUAAACAUUUAAAGGACCACUAUAGUGCCAGGAAAACAUACUCGUUUUCCUGGCACUAUAGUGCCCUGAGGGUGCCCCCACCCUCAGGGACCCCCUCCUGCCCGGCUCUGGAAGGGGGAAGGGGUUUAAACUUACCUUUUUCCAGCGCUGGGCGGGGAGCUCUCCUCCUUCUCUCCUCCUCCGAUCCUCCUCCUGGGCUGAAUGCGCACGCGCAGCAAGAGCUGCGCGCGCAUUCAGCCCGUCGCAUAGGAAAGCAUUUACAAUGCUUUUCUAUGGACGCUUGCGUGCUCUCACUGUGAAAAUCACAGUGAGAAGCACGCAAGCGCCUCUAGUGGCUGUCAAUGAGACAGCCACUAGAGGAUUAGGGGGAAGGCUUAACCCAUUCAUAAACAUAGCAGUUUCUCUGAAACUGCUAUGUUUAUAAAAAAAAUGGGUUAACCCUAGCUGGACCUGGCACCCAGUCCACUUCAUUAAGAUGAAGUGGUCUGGGUGCCUAGAGUGGUCCUUUAAGUUUUGUAUGUCGGGUUAAUGGGUAUAUUCUGUAUGUCGGGUUAAUGGGUAUAUUCUGUAUGUUGGGUUAAUGGGUACAUUCUAUUUGUCGGGUUAAUCGUUACGUUUUGUAUGUCGGGUCAAUGGGUACAGUCUGUAUGUCGGGUUAUAUUCCUAAUAUUUUCCUGUGUCUGUGGCCACAGGCUCACUGCUCAUCAUACUGUUUUUUGGUUCUUUGCAGGUCCCGGGUUGGCAUUUGUGGCCUAUCCAGAGGCACUUGCCCUGCUCCCAGGCUCUGCAUUUUGGUCAAUCCUCUUUUUCCUGAUGCUGUUCUCUUUGGGAAUAGACACUCUGGUAAAUAAACAAAGUAAUUUUGAGGAACACCAUCAGCAGUGAAUAGAUCACAAUCUGGAGAACAUGGGAGUAAUGAGCUUUCUGUUCCAAUAGCUAUAAUGGGACAUACUGUUUUAGCACCAUCAGUUUGCAGUCAUUGGUAUGACCUCUCCCUCUUUAUUAAAACUGGUCAUUCUUGGACGCCCAUCCCAGUAAAGUCAGCUUUAUAGAGAACUCCUCAGAGUGACUCUUUGUAACAAUUUCCCUAUCAAAUCAGAGAUGCCAGCAAUGGAGCAACGUUAAUAUAUAAGGCAGGGCUCAGCAAACUUCAGCACCCCAGAUAAUUGUGUACUACAUCUCCCCUGAUGCUUUGCCAGCAUUAUGGGUGAUGCAGUCCACAACAUCUGGAGUAGCAAAGGUUGCCCACCCCGGUAUAAUACUUUACUGCUAUCAGGAUCCAAACGUGAAUACUUGCUCGAGCUGAAACACUUACAAACUGCAUCAGUUAUCCUUCUACCUAAUAGUCUGCUAUAAUAAUGCCAAAGCUACAUUUUACUUCCUGAGACUGGAGUCCCAUGACUUACUACUCUUUAAUACGAAAUCGGGGGUUCACGGAUUGACAAAUAUUACCAUCAAUGACAGGAAUAGGUAAUGAUUUGCUUCUCAUUUAGAGGCUAGGUUAGGUUUUUCUAGUAAUUAUUAAUGUGUAGUGUUUCUCCUUUAUUACUCUGUAUAAAUGCACAUUGAGUUGAUCAUGUGAUGAAUAAUCCCACUGUCUCUCCCUCAGUUUGGUAACAUGGAAGGUAUUACGACCGCUGUGCUGGAUGAGUUUCCGGCUCUCCGGGAGUGGAAGCGGAAGACCCUCUUCCUGGGAAUUUUGUGUUUUUGCUUCUACCUGAUGGGCCUUCUCCUGGUUACAGACGUAAGAUUUAGAUAGCUUGACACUAACUUCAUCCGUUGAGAGGUUGGCCGUUGCAUUUCACAGCAGUUCAUAUCUGGAGACUCUAUGUAGAAGUUGCAUCUCAAGAGCAUUCAUUUAUUGUGACCAGGUGCUAUUGUGUGUAGCAUUUAAAUGAUUAAUUAAGCUCAGCAGGAACAGAUUAUUAACCCUAGAAAAAUGUGAAUGUUAUGAAUUGGAGCAGCCAUGACAUCUUACAAUUUAUAUAUUACCAUCUCAAUGAACGAAUAAUAAUAAUAAGAGGUCUUCUGAAACGCUCUGAGAGAACGAUGGACUCAUUGCUAGAAUAGAGAAAUAGGAGAGCUAGAUGGGUUCAAUGAAUCUGAAUGUCUGCCCCUCCACUGUGUGUUUCUAGGGUGGCAUCUACUGGUUUACUCUGAUAGACUCAUACAGCACCAGCUUUGGACUCAUUAUCAUCACUCUCUUCAUGUGCAUUGGCAUGGCCUUCUUCUACGGUGAGUCACUCUCUCUUAAUAAAAUAAACUAGGAACUGCACUCAAUCCUAUCACGCUUGAUAAAGAUCUUAUAGGUUGAAACGUUGCGCUAUGACAUUGGGUUUAAAAAAAAUUGCCUGCUUGAACCUUGGAGUGCCUAAACCUUUCUUUAUUUUCUGAUCACUCUUAAUAUCUCUGUUAACACACUCAAUUAUUACAGUGGUCUCGCUAUAUUUCUGUCACGACAGUGACCCCUUCUCACAGAGUGUAACCCAGAGAAGAACGUAUACCGGACCUUAGAGUGGCCGGACUAACGUAUAGAGUAGUCAAAUGGAUAGCCAGAGAUCAAGCGAGUACAGAAGACGGGUAAACGAUAAGACCUAGCCAAAGUACGGGAAACCAGAGAGUAGAGUAGUCAAAAGGGAAAGCCAAAAGUCAAUAACCAGGGAAUCAACACUAAAGGAGAGUAUAAGCACUAGAGGCAUUAACAAGAACCACACUAGGGCGCCUUUCAAGUGACAGGGACGCCCUUUUAUAGUGUGGGGUAUAUUGCAUCAAAACCAUGCCCCCGGAAGGUCUGGGGGCAUGGUCGCGUGUGACGUACGUCGGCAUUUACUUGCCGGCUACGGCGCGCAUGCGCCGUAUUAUAAAAAUAUGUGCGGUGUGAGCGGCCGGCGUCAGAAGGGCUGUGCCACUCACCGGAAGAGGAUGCCGUGCGGCGUGGGACCGAGGAGGAAAGGUAAGGCAUCGUUACAAUUUCAUCACUAGUUCUAGUACGCAUUAUUUAAUCAGACAUAUUGUUUAGAUAAUAGGUAGGGCUGGAGUUGGGGGUUGUGCAUUGUGGGUGGGCUGGUGUUGGGGGUCGUGCAUUGUGGGUGGGCUGGAGUUGGGGGUCGUGCAUUGUGGGUGGGCUGGAGUUGGGGUCGUGCAUAGUGGGUGGGCUGGAGUUGGGGUCGUGCAUAGUGGGUGGGCUGGAGUUGGGGUCUAGCAUUGUUGGUAGGGCUGGAGUUGGGGGUCGUGCAUUGUGGGUGGGCUGGCAGUUUUUAAGGUAAACCGCAAAGCCUCUCUGUACACAUGGAAAGGUUUGCAUAGUGGAGGCUGUUGGUAUUAUAUCACUAUGAGGGAAUUUAUAAAAAAGAGAAAAUCACGCAGAGGAAAGGAAGGUAUUACAACUCUAAGCGUACAGUCUCCAGUAUACAGACUAUAUAAACAAGCACAGCUAUUUACUAAGGGGAGAAUUAUCUGGAAUUCAAAGUGAAUUUAAACGUUAAGGCCAAAUUAGCCGAACUGAAAGCACAGCUGGUUUAGCCUUUUUGGCGUUAAAUUUAAAUUAAUUUUAAUUCCCAUCAAUCUGCACCCUUUUAUCCAGUGAAAUUCCCUCUGCCAUUUCUGUGUUAUUUCCCUCCCUCUCAGGGGUGAACCAGUUUUGUCAGGAUAUCAUUGACAUGGUCUGCCGCUGCCCACCAUGGUGUACUAAACUCCUCCUGUACUUCAAGGCAUGCUGGGUAUUCAUCACUCCCGCUCUACUGACGGUAGGUGGUCUCAAUUUUGGGCCCAUAUCCCGCGGACCCUCUUUUUUUCUCCUAAUGUCCUAGCAUCACUCUUUGUCCAUGUGAAGUGUUGGGAGGUAUGGUUUAGUGGUCACCAGGGUUAAUCCCCAAAAAAGGCAGAGAUCUGUAACUCUGCUCACUUUCCCUCUCUCUGUACGUAAUGAUACUGUGCAGAAACACAGAAUAGGCCCUGGACAGUGACACACACGGACGGUGAACUGCCAGACAUCCAAAGCGAAUAUAUCUAAGAUCAAUUCAUAGAAUAAAAACUUAAAAGCGUUGUUGCCUAACUCUUCCUUUUGUUUCUCUGUCUUUCUAUCGCCGGACGCUAAUUUGCAUUAUAUUCGUCACACAAUAUGCCCUUUUUAUUGUUAAGAAUAAAUGAAUUAAAUAUCCAUACAAGUGGAUAAAAUGGUGGAUUGCUAUUUAUAUGUAACUGGUCGCUGCUCUUGCAGACUGUAUUACACUAUCUGUGAGUUCUGCUCGUUCGAUAAAUGCUUUAAGGAUAUUUUAGAGAUGUGACACAAUGUCCAGCAUGUACUUCCUCUCCCAUAUUCUCCUCAGUGAUAGAUAUGUCUUCAGAUUAAUUCUAACCCCUUUCUCCUGUCCCUAUUCAUGGCAGCAUGCUCAGUAUAGGAGCAUUCCACCACACCAUCCUCAAACAAUCAUCUUGGGGAAUCCCAUUUCUUUGGCCUUGUGUUUCAUCUUUUUUUGUUUCCUUUUCUUGUAUUGGUUAGCUAAGAACAACUCAAUAAUCAUUUAAAUAAUAAUAAUUAAAAAAAAGUAAUACAAAUCUAUAAUGUGCCUGAAGGUCCAUUGAGUGCCGUACAGCAGUAAAUCUGUAAUGUGCCUGAAGGUCCAUUGAGUGCCGAACAGCAGUAAAUCUAUAAUGUGCCUGAAGGUCCAUUGAAUGCCGUACAGCAGUAAAUCUAUAAUGUGCCUGAAGGUCCAUUGAGUGCCGAACAGCAGUAAAUCUAUAAUGUGCCUGAAGGUCCAUUGAAUGCCGUACAGCAGUAAAUCUAUAAUGUGCCUGAAGGUCCAUGGAGUGCCGUACAGCAGUAAAUCAAUAAUGUACAUGAAGGUCCAUGGAGUGCCGUACAGCAGUAAAUCUAUAAUGUGCCUGAAGGUCCAUUGAGUGCCGUACAGCAGUAAAUCUAUAAUGUGCCUGAAGGUCCAUUGAGUGCCGUACAGCAGUAAAUCUAUAAUGGGCCUGAAGGUCCAUUGAAUGCCGUACAGCAGUAAAUCUAUAAUGGGCCUGAAGGUCCAUUGAGUGCCGUACAGCAGUAAAUCUAUAAUGGGCCUGAAGGUCCAUUGAAUGCCGUACAGCAGUAAAGCUAUAAUGUGCCUGAAGGUCCAUUGAAUGCCGUACAGCAGUAAAUCUAUAAUGUGCCUGAAGGUCCAUUGAAUGCCGUACAGCAGUCUACGCUACGUUUUGUUUGAGAUGCUGAUAUUGUAUUAACAUAUUUCUGUUUUCUCUCUUUCAGUUUAUUAUGUUUUAUAUCUUCAUCGAUAUGUAUAAUACUCCCCUUCGUUAUGGACAAUAUGUGUACCCACGCUGGGGCAAAGCACUGGGCAUAUGUAUGGGGUCUCUCUGCUGCCUACAGAUACCCAUCUGGGCUGGAGUCGCCAUUUUUAAAGAGUCAGGAACAUUAAUGGAUGUGAGUAAAGAUGGUAUGGCAUUGGAUGGGAGAGGGGGAGAGGAGGGGGAGGGUCUGUGGGUGCCAGUGUCCUGGGCGCCACAUUAAGAGGGUCACACUCACUUCCUGCCACAGUCAAAAUACCACUCUGCUACAGGCACUCAGUCAUACUCACACUUUCGUAACCCCCAACUCUCACACUCACCCUCAUCCAACAGUCAACCUCCCCCCCCCCCGAAACCCUAUCACACUCAUCCUGCCACAGUCACCCCCAUGAUCACCCUAUCACAGUGACUCCAUGAAGAAUGUCAUUGUCAUACAUAGCCACCUCCCACACAUGAAACACAAGCUCACCAUGAACACAACACACAAAGCCCACAAGCAGCCUCCCAUCCACACAACAAAAUAGAUUUAGAAGCUGCUAUGGCUAGUCGGCAGGUCCAUGCUGGAAUCUCAGUGAUUCCAGAAAGCAUUGGCUGCACAAGGAAAUAAGGGACCCUCAACUGAGUCUCUGCUCCAGGUAAAAUAAAAAUGUCUGGCUUUGCCACUGUGGGUACCUCCCAAAUGACUCAUACAACCUCUGACAAUUCCAUAGUUACUUAGGAAGUCAGAAAUAAAAGUGACUAUCACAAUGUAAGAUUAAAUUGUAAUUAGUGCAUGAUUUACAAAUUAUUCACAGAGAAGUUCUUUGUUUAGUAGAUUAUACAUUUUACUGGAGAUAAUGCUAAUUCUGUCGUAUCUCAAAGGGGGUAGAAACUUACCUUUGAUCUCUCUCCCUUUAAAUCUAUCAGCCUAUUUGAGGGGCAUGCAGGUUGUUUGUUGCAGACUUUGAAGUACUCUUUGCACUUUUCAGGUGAGGGCGAGUGGCCGACUCUCUGCAAAGAUUUAAACUGGAGCUUUAGCAAACCACCUUCGUGUUCUCACAAUACUAGGGAGUCAUUCGGGCCCUGUGCAGUCCCAGGAGCAGAAUAAAGUAUUUCAGACCAUUCAUUGGUACUCUGUUAAUUAUAUAGCACCAACAUUUUCUGCAGUGUUUUACAAUUACACAAUGGACAGGUAAAAGAGCAAUUACUUUAAUAAUGAGAAGAGAAACAAAGGGAGCAGACCAGCACUAGAGAACUUAGAACAUAGAUGGUUUUGUUGUGAUGUUGUUUGGAAUUGUGGAUCAUUUUUUUCCUCUUUCUUCUCUUAGAGGUUUAAAAAAUCUAUCCGACCACUAAACACUUGGAGGACAUCCAGCAGUCAGCGUGAGCAGACCAGUGGAAUCAUCGAUGUUCCGUAUACUGUUAACCUUACAGACAAUGACUUCAAUGACCCAUUCUGUCAAGGGGGAGACACCUCUGAGUCCUGAUUACUGCCUGAAUAUAUAGUUAUAUGCUACGCGCAAGAAAGUUGUGUGAUAUAGCAAGAACCCCAUUUAGUUGUUAUGUAAAACAAUUUGUUAUUUAUAAACUAUAAGGACUGCUUUUCAGACCCACCACAGAUGGAGACAUCACAUGACCAACUAAAAUGUUUGCAAAAUGUGCAUAUUGUAACCGGUCAACUAGUCAAUACUACCUCCAAGGAAAACGCUGCUUGUCACUGCUUCUGUCUAUGUGUUUGGACAUCCGCGUGUGGUGUCGCUAAGGAGGUUACUCAAGAACAAACACAUUCCUUAUAAGUACUUUAUAUCACAAAGAAGCGGAUAUCUGAAAUGGCAAAGUGUCAAUGUUUACAUUAUCAUGUAAACCACCUGGUCUGGAGUCUGGACCGCCGCACAUCCAGGUUUAUUAUGAAAUAAGGAUUCAGAACGUGCACUUUUCAUUACAGAGACAUGAUUUUGUGGAUGCCACCAAACAUUUAAACAAUGGAUUCUCAAUAUUGAUUUUCUGUCACAAAAGAUCCGCUCUGUAAUGUGAACCUAAAAAGAAACCCAAAACACAAAGUUCUUUAUAAACAAACUUCUCACUCAGAGAAACGGUCAUACUUUGCACUCGCUCCCAGACCUGGGUUCUCGAUAUUACUCGAUGUGAGAUAAGGCAAGAAUUAAUUUAUUUACAAACGUCCAACUAUGGCAAGAUGAUCUCAGUGGAGAGCCAAAUUACCUCAAACCAUGGCUGCAGGGGACUGCAUAAACCAUUAGUUUUGGGGGUCACCUCCCUAUCUCCAUCUUAUCUUUUCAGUUUCACACAAGCUUGAGGUUAUCCAAGGCCAGCUUUCAUUUUGGCCUAGGAGGAAUGAGAAUUUACAGCUUUGAUGGUGUAGACCUUCCACUCUAUUCUACGCUGGUUUUCAAUGUAGGGCACAGAAGACAGUAAGCAUUGAUGUCAAAGACCAAUAUCACAAAUAGUCAGCCACCCAGUAAAUGUCAGUUUUCAAAUACUUCUGAAUUUACCAUAUUCACAUAAAAUAAUACAAGAUUAUAUAUAUAUAUAUAUAUAUAUAUUAUAGCAGGAUUUCACUAAACUGCAUGGAGCGAGGUGCAAACCAGGUCUUAUUGCUGAGAGCGGGAAGAGACAUUUUCGACAUAGAGAAGGCUUGGCCUAAACAGACAUGUUGGAUUUAAUGUAUUCAAUAAUUAUGUUCUCUAUGCCAGCACAAUGAAUGUUUUAAACUUGAAAAUUGGGCUUUUUUGUAAUAAGUAUUUCAUGUUUAUAUAAAAACUAAUUUUAUAAAAUGUGUAAGUGGGAAAAAUAACCCUCAAAAAUACAUCUUUAAGUCGUUAAAGAGCAG